AUGGGAGAAGACGAGUCCAUUCUCGGAGCCCGGGCGCCCGACGUAGAUGCUGGGCCCUCUGAGCCGCAGAUGCCAGCUUGUGAGGAAGCUGCACACGAGCCGGCCCGAGAUGUACAACCACAGGAUGCAGAGCAACCACAGGAUGCAGAGCAGCCACAGGAUGCAAAGAAGCAAAAGGGCACAAGUGACGUUGAGCAGUUCUCCGGGCUGCCCAUUGUCAACAGAACAGUUCCGGCUGAGAAAUGGGCGAGUGAAGUUCAGAAGCCAAAUAGACGGUAUGUUUCAUUCUCGCACAUUCCCCUUUAUUGCGGUUCUGACAGGACGAUGAAAGCAAAGGACAACAUCAUCAUUGGGGUUCUGUACUACAACUCUGCCAGGGACAAGAUGGCGAACGGGGAGCAGUAUCUGCGGUGGCGGCUGACGGACCUCUCACGGCAACCUCGGCAAAUUGUGCUGCAGCUGCGUUGGGGAGCAUAUUUGCAUUGGCGAAAGGGUGCACCUGCAGCCAUGGCCCGCAGGGGGGCAAUUUUCGCCAUUCUGAAACCGAUCUUGGUUGAGGUUGAAAGCAAUCACCCAGGCAGCCGGCAGGAGACGGUGAUGAGAGUUGAGGCAGCAUUACAAAUCGAGAAGCUGGGUGACUGUCCAGCGCUCGGGUGUUGCAAGAAACAGGGUUGCCGAAACCCACGUGAUCUCCGGCAGCGCGACAUCUACUGCCGACUGCACAAAGACAUUGCAUAUGCCGAGAAGACCGUCCCUCGCAUGAAUAGUGGUGGAGCAGAUGACCGAAUGGUCGAGCUGUUGAAGACUCAGCAGAAGAAAGCCAGUCAGAAGAUUGCUCGAGCUUUGAAAGCUUCUCAGCUGGAUUCCCAGCCAGGCUCUGAGGAGAAAGAGGAAGCAGACAAAGCAAGGGAAGACAAGUUGAAGAAACUUGAGGUCGCCAAAUCCAUCUGCGAGCGCCAGAUGACAACUGACGCAGAUGCAAACGGAGAUUAUGUGAGAUGCAUCCGCAAUGGCACAAAGCUCGAAGACUGCAGCUCUUCCCAGAUUCCCGUGCUGGGACGUGGCUUAAGCAGCACGAGCACUUUGGAAGUGACUGUCGCUCCACUCAAGCGACGUAGACAGGAUUGUGAUCACUGUGAUCACUGUGGGCACGGCGAGCUGGAGGUUUUCUGA